AUGUCAGACAUCAACCCUACAAACCCCAGGACUCUGGGACGGGGGAUCUGUAUCAUCACAGGAGCCUCCAAGGGAUUCGGACGGGCGCUGGCACACAAAGUGUCUCGCUUUCUGGAGCCUGGCUCUGUCCUCCUGCUGGUGGCUCGCUCUGGGACUCUGCUGCAGGAGCUGAAGGAAGAGCUGCAGAGCUUCACAGGGGAACAGCAGCUGGUGGUUCACUGCGUAGCUGUGGAUUUGAGCACGAAAGAGGGGGUGAAUGAAACCGUCAGGGUGGCGAGACAGGAAGCUGUAAAUGAAAUAGAUCAUGUGCUUUUGAUCAACAAUGCUGCCUCUUUGGGCGACAUUUCCCAGUUUGUGAGUUUCACCGACCCCGAUGAGGUGAAUUCCUAUCUGUCCCUCAACAUUAGCUCUGCUCUGGCGCUGACUGCAGGCAUCCUGCAGGCGUUUUCCUGUAGACCGUUCCUGCGAUGGAGCGUGGUGAAUAUCUCGUCAACAUUUGCACUGCAGGCCUUACCGUCCUGGGUGCUGUACUGCACCGCCAAAGCAGCCAGGAAGAUGAUGUUCGGGGUGCUGGCUGAGGAAGAACCAAAUGUCAAAGUCCUCAGCUACUCUCCAGGUCCAAUGGACACAGAGAUGCAGGAGGAUAUUCUGAGGUUAACAGGCGUCAAACAUCAUCUGUUGCCCUGCCAGGAGUCUGCGGCCAAGCUGGUGAAGCUGCUUCUGGAUAAUGACUUCUCCUCGGGAGCACACCUCGACUUCUUCGAAGUGUGAUGUCAAUAUGAGACAAAGGGGAGAAUAAAGUGAAAAUUAUUGAAUGUCACUACCUUGCUAAAGUUCGAUAGACAGACGCAUGCUCUCGGCUGCUGCUGUCUAGUGACAGAUUUAAGUAUAGAAACAAAUAGAACACAGUAGAGUAGCUGCAUGUAGGGUGUUUUAAACAGGAUACAUGCACAAAAAUGACUAUGCAUAGUACAAUAUAUAGAAUACAAUAAUUUUAAAUAUUGGCAAAUGCUUUUAUAAGUGCGCUGUUUGAAGGCCUCAAAGCUUGUGAAUGUCCUUUAAAGGGGAACGCCACAUAAAUGAAGAAUUCCAAUAUGUUAUUUCCAUGGCCUAGGGAAGUUCAAUCAAUAUUAGUGAUCA